AUGGAAAUCCAGCGAGCGAUGGUUCCCCCCGCAGGCGGCGACGGCAGAGGAGGCGCCCCCAGAAUCGAGGUGGAGCGCGUCGCGGGCGGCGGCGAGGGCGGCAGCGGGACCAACGGCACCUCCGGGAGGGACUCCGUGUCCGACCGGACGAAGCGCCGCCACGCCAACGACCCCGCCAUGAUGAGGGAGCUGAAGCGCUACCAGAACAUCAUGCUCCUCACGCUGCUCCCCUCCAUCACGGGCGAGGCCGACCACGCCCACCAGCACGCCCAUCGCUACCAGGACACGAAUGGCGACGCCGCCCAGCGACGCACGUGGCUCGGAGACCCCGACCACGUCGCCGGCAGGAGCCUCCUCCCUCGGCCCGAGGCGACGGACGGCUUUCCCGGCGUGGCCCAUCAGCCCCAGGCCACCGCCCGGCGCAGCCCGCAGAAGGUGAAGUCGGCGGGAAGCCAAGACGCCGUGGACCGGGCGGAGAAGACCGGCGCGCAGCCCUCGGGGUCCGCCAGCGCCGGCACGAGGCUUCCCAUGACAGUGCACAACCCCCUGGAAACCUCCCCCCGCAGGAAGGGGAAGAAGAAGAACUCCGACGAAGGAGGAGGAGGCGGAGGAGGAGGAGGAGGAGGAAGAUCCAGAAGGAGGAGGAGCCACGAGGAAUGGAGGACGACAGAAGACGUGGGCGAGGGUGCAGGAGCUGGAGAAGGAGCUGGAGGAAACGCGACGGAGCUGGACCUGCUGACCCUGGCCGCCCUGUAUCUGGAGAGCCGGCACAGGGUCUUCGGCAACGAGUGGCACCGCCGCCCUGAGAACGCCUCCAACGCCAGGCCGACAGCGCAGAUAGGCAACACAGGCAUCGCUCGACCCCGGCGCCUCACGCCCCUCUCCUCAGAACCUUCAGGAGUUACGAAAGUCGCAGGGAAUUCCAAGAAAAGGUACAGCUUCUCCGGGGUGAUCCCUGCGCCCGCCGGCCUGCACCUGUCCGUCAACUACACGCAGAAUCUCGACUUAGACGAGUCGAUGUACAUGGCUGAGCGGGCGAGGGCGCUGCGACCCCGCCUGCGCCGCCUGAAUUCCAUGGACGACAUGAUGCCGACGCCCUUGUCCACGCCCAACAACCCCCCUCAGCGAGUCACCUCCGCGCCGGACCUCUCGCAGAGCCACAACGGGCGGCAGUCCUUCGCGGCCCAUCUGUUUAAGUCGAGUUCAUCCCCUGAGAGCAUCUCGCCGCCCUUGGUCACCCCUGCCAGAGCCAACACGCCCACUGAGGCCAAGCACUCAGCCGCCCUUGUGCGCCCGCAGAUAGUGGGCGGUUCCCUCGCCACUUACUCGGCCGUCGAGGACGCUUCGCCGCCGCGCCACGCAGCCGAGGGCCACGAGCGGAUCGCCGUCGGGGAAGCCGCUCGUAACAUCCUCAGCAAGGGCAGCCGUUCCCUGGGGCCUCCUCCUCCCGAGCCUUCCGUCGUGCCCAUCGUGGUCCCGGGGGCGGAGAGCCUGCGGAAGGGCGGAAGGGUCCACCUGCAGCCGCUCGUGAAGAAGACGUCCAGGUAAAACCGCGUUUCAGUCUAGUGCUUCAGCGAGAGAAUACCGCAGCCCUGUGCGUGCUUGCUUGGGGGGUUCCUUGCUUCAUAGUCGAGUACCUUCGAGACGACAAAGAAUCUGGUUCAUUGAGGACGCUACCAUUGGAUAAAAAGAUAAAAAACAACAACAGAAAACAAAAAGUAUUGGGAACAAAAACUGUGAUAAAACUGCUAUUGUGAUAACCACUAGAAUAGGUGUCUCUAGGUGAAGGUGCUUGAAAACUGCCUUAAUCAACCUUGAUAUUCUGAUCUGAAGUAAACAUCUGUCAUCGCUAUCUGCAGUAGCCUUUGCUGUCUCGCAUGACCCUCUGUGACAGGGUUAUUCCAGCGGUAUCAAUAAGUGCAUAAUGGUUCAUUAUGUGAAUGAGAGUGAUAUUCCACAAUGGAAUUUAUGGGCAGUGAACACCUGUGCUUUGUUCCACUGCUAAAGACUUAAAUGAUAUAUAACUUUUUUAUUUUUUGAAGUCAGAGAAUUUGGCAAAUUUUAGCACAUUAUGUGUUACAGUAUAAUGGUAUUUGUUGUACCAGUACUAUAUUUGAUGUUAUUUUCAUUGAUCUUUGUUUUCUAAACAAGAACGAAAUUAAUCAAAGAUCUGUAUUGACUUUAAAAGUAUUUUUCACCUUGAUAAAUGAUUAAAGAAAUAUUUCACCAUAUACCGUUGUCCUAAUUCGUCAAAACAACCUUAUAUACCCAUUUACUUUAUCCAUCCAU